ACUGUACUGUAGAUCUGAAUUUUAAUUUCAUCCGCCUGUGCUCUCUUUUAUACUUGUCAAUGAUUACCCUACCAGAGCUAAUGGAAAAUAUCAAAGAAGCUCGACAGUUGGCUCUGCUCGGAGUCUAUGAUAGCUCGCUAACUUAUUUCUCAAGCGUCCUUGCGCAGCUCACACAGUUUACCACCAGUAUCAAGGAUCCCCACCGAAAACAGCAAUGGCAACUGGUACGACAGGAGCUUCUCGAUGAAUUCGAAGUCGUAAAGGAAGUCCAUCUUACCUUAUCAAGCUUUAAGUCCUCUAACGACUCCAAUUUUGUGUCCAGUGCACACUGUGGCCGAAGCAGCUCUCAGGAGGAACCUACACGUGACCCAGAUGUGUGGCCUCCGCCUCCUCCAUUGGAUCGGAGACCGGGUUAUUCCGUACAGUGCUAUGCCGACCUUGGUUCAUUGAACAGCGGUUUCCAACCCCCUAUCUACCGAUCCUCCAAUCCAACUGGUGCCUCUCAGCCGGCAGGCACAGCGGCCAAAACUUCUACAACUACCGCUCGCCGGAAUCCAAAAGACACUCAAUGCAAAGGCUCCACGACUGCUCGGGGUAAAAGUGCAACUUCUGCUUCCGCUGCGAAUCGUCGUGGUAAACCUGCUCCGAAUCCAGCCGGUUGUGAUUUUCCGGCGUCCGAAGAGAGAAAGUUUGAUUCGACCGGCUACGACAAGGACUUGGUGGAGUUGCUUGAACACGAUAUCCUACAACGAAACCCGAACGUGCGGUGGGAUGAUAUCGCGGAGUUGGAAGAGGCCAAGCGUCUUCUCAAGGAAGCCGUAGUUUUGCCCAUGGUGCUACCUAACUUCUUCAAAGGCAUACGCAGACCGUGGAGGGGCGUUCUGAUGGUUGGACCGCCGGGGACAGGAAAAACUCUGCUGGCCAAGGCGGUGGCUACCGAGUGUGGAACCACCUUCUUCAACGUCUCCAGCUCCAGUCUGACGAGCAAGUGGCGUGGCGAAUCAGAGAAACUGGUUCGCCUACUCUUUCAAAUGGCGCGAUUCUAUGCACCCAGUACCAUUUUUAUCGACGAAAUUGAUUCCAUCUGUUCGCGACGUGGGGCCGAAUCGGAGCAUGAAGCUUCGAGACGCGUCAAAUCAGAGCUGUUGGUACAGAUGGAUGGUGUGACCGGGGCGACUGGGCAACAAGAGGAUCCGACGAAAACUGUUAUGGUUUUGGCCGCUACAAAUUUCCCAUGGGACAUUGACGAAGCGUUGCGAAGGCGGCUGGAGAAGCGUAUUUACAUUCCCCUCCCCAGUGUCACUGGACGUCGACUUUUGUUGGAUAUCAGCCUGAAAGAAGUACCGCUUGCGGAGGAUGUAGAUUUGGACAAAGUGGCCGAGAGUUUGGAAGGCUAUUCCGGCUCAGAUGUCACAAACGUUUGCCGGGAUGCGUCUAUGAUGUCGAUGCGACGUGUCAUUGAAGGUCUCUCCGUCGAAGAGAUCAAGAAUUUAAACACUGCCACUUUGAAUCAGCCCACAACGAUGGCAGAUUUCGAAGAGGCGAUUAGUCGAGUCUGCAAAUCAGUCUCAUCUACCGAUGUUGAAAAAUAUGAGAAAUGGAUGUCCGAUUUUGGAGCAACUUGAGAACUCUGGGCUAUAAUGCCUUAGCAUACACAUGCAUUUCCGGAAGUGGGGACCUCCGCACACGCCAUUGAUCUGUCUUUCAUAUCGGGCACACCUCACAGUGUUCAUGGGGAGCGUGCGUUCAUAUAGCAGGACAAAUCUUACCUUGUGACUUCUUAUAUUGACUGUUGCUUCGAAAAUAUAUACGUUAUGAUCUCUUGUGUCGUUUCACUUUUCCUGCAGUCAAACAACUUUUCCGCUUUUAUUUAUCCCUACGUGUAUUCCUGUUAUCUCUCCUAGGUGGUUUACCACUGCACUUUACCACCGCAUAAUCUAAACCCAGCUCCAUCGUAGUUCCACAAGAAUCGCCUUAUCUACUGCGUUCAGCAAGCAAAGACAAGCGACUAUUGUUGCCCUGCACCAUUUUAUUUCCACAUAUUCCUCUAAAUGUUUUUAUCCGUACUACCUUCAUGUCACCACAAUAUCGGUUUCCAUUAAGAUCGCUUUUCAGACAAGGCCCACCGGUCUUCUCUGCUGCGUGCAACUGAUUGGUCAUUGCAGACGUUUCCGUUAACUGUGUCUCCCAACCGCA